CUUUGCGCUCACCCCUCCACACUUCACCACCCAAUACCACCACAUCGCCUCAUCCACCAAUGGCCUAAAUGUUGGUCGCAGACGAUGUGAACGACCACCGGAUCCGGCCGGAGAUGACCGGAGUAGAGUCCACCACCCCAAGAGUCCUAGCUGUACUGGCUUUUGCUAUGGAAAGGCUUGUGGCUCGAAAUGAGGGGCUGGUGGGUGAGUCCAUCGGGCUCAUGGGGAAGAGCUUGAACGUUUUUCAUGGGGUGAGAGCCCCAAGCAUCAGCAUACCCAAGUAUUUGGAGAGGAUAUACAAGUACACCAACUGCAGUCCCUCUUGUUUUGUGGUUGGGUAUGUGUAUAUCGAUAGGCUGGUGCACAAACACCCCGACUCUCUCGUCAUAUCUCUCAAUGUUCAUAGGUUGCUGGUCACCAGCGUAAUGGUUGCCUCCAAGAUGCUUGAUGAUGUGCACUACAACAAUGCAUUCUAUGCCCGGGUAGGGGGAGUGAGCAAUGCUGAACUGAACAGACUGGAAUUAGAGCUGCUCUUCAUGUUGGAUUUUGGAGUGGUGGUCAGCUCUCGAGUGUUCGAGAGCUACUGCUUGUACCUGGAGAAGGAGAUGCUGUGGAAUGGCGCAGGACAGAGGAUGGAGAGAACCAUGGUUCCCAAUUCGGUAGACGAAGUGACUGAAAUAUCGGUGGACGAUACCCAAACUUCUUCUUCACCACCUCAAAUGGUGGACUGACUUAGAUCCAUUUUCAUUGCCUUCUUCUUCUUUUUCUUCUUCUUGAUUCCAUGAGGAUGUAAUGCAACAGAGCGGAUUAACUCCUUGUGUUUUGACAGAAUCUACAGUAGAAAGAGAAUGGAAAGUUAUCAGUGGGAUUCAUAUAUUUUGUACAAUUGUAAAAUUCAAUUGAACUGGCUUUCAGAUUCAUCUGUA